CGUCCUCCCCCAGCCCUCCCCAAGAGGAGUGUACAUGUUCGGCGGUGGAGAGAGUCCUAGCUGAGGUGAUCUGACACACCGAGGAGGCGCAGUCAAUGAGGGAGCAAACCGAAAAGUGAACCGGCGUGUGCGCAGUCCAAAACGCCCUCUAAACGCGAGGGUGGCGAGGAGGGACGAAGACAAAAAAUAAGAUAUAUUUUAAAUCCAUCUCUGCUCUGACAAGGAAGAUAGACUGUCUACUGCGUCGCAAAGAUGGGGAACCGGGGAAUGGAGGAUUUGAUUCCUCUGGUGAACCGCAUGCAGGAUGCCUUCUCCGCCAUCGGGCAGAACGCAAACCUGGACCUGCCCCAGAUCGCCGUGGUGGGCGGCCAGAGUGCGGGGAAGAGCUCGGUGCUGGAGAACUUCGUCGGGAAGGAUUUCCUUCCCCGUGGUUCUGGCAUUGUGACUCGUCGUCCUUUGGUUCUGCAGCUGAUGAACUCUCCCACAGAACAUGCUGAGUUCCUCCACUGUAAGGGAAAAAAGUUCACAGAUUUUGAUGAGGUCCGACAGGAGAUCGAGGCAGAGACUGACCGCAUCACUGGGGCCAACAAGGGCAUCUCCCCUGUGCCCAUCAACCUGCGUGUCUACUCCCCUCAUGUGCUGAACCUGACCCUGGUGGAUCUGCCGGGGAUGACCAAGGUGCCAGUGGGUGACCAACCCGUGGACAUCGAGGCCCAGAUUAGAGAUAUGUUGAUGCAGUUUGUCACCAAGGAGAACUGCCUGAUGCUGGCCGUCUCCCCAGCCAACUCUGAUCUGGCCAACUCUGACGCUUUAAAGAUUGCCAAAGAGGUCGACCCUCAGGGUAUGAGGACCAUUGGUGUGAUCACCAAGCUGGACCUGAUGGACGAGGGGACAGAUGCUAAAGACAUCCUGGAGAAUAAGCUGCUUCCACUCAGGAGGGGUUACAUCGGUGUGGUGAACAGGAGCCAGAAGGACAUAGAUGGCAAGAAGGACAUCAAUGCUGCCAUUGGUGCUGAGAGGAAGUUCUUUCUCUCCCACCCUGCAUAUAGACACCUAGCCGACCGUAUGGGCACUCCCUACCUCCAGAAAGUCCUUAAUCAGCAACUGACCAACCACAUCCGGGACACCCUGCCAGGUCUGCGGGCCAAGCUGCAGAGUCAGCUUCUCUCCAUAGAGAAGGAGGUGGAGGAAUACAAGAACUUCAGACCUGAUGACCCGUCUCGCAAGACCAAAGCUCUGCUCCAGAUGGUGCAGCAGUUCUCUGUGGACUUUGAAAAGUGUAUAGAGGGCUCUGGGGACCAGAUUGAUACAGCUGAGCUGUCAGGUGGUGCCAGGAUCAAUCGCAUCUUCCAUGAACGCUUCCCCUUUGAACUGGUCAAGAUGGAGUUUGAUGAGAAAGAGCUCCGCAAGGAGAUCAGCUACGCCAUCAAGAACAUUCACGGAAUCAGAACUGGCCUCUUCACCCCGGACAUGGCCUUUGAGACCAUUGUGAAAAGGCAGAUUGGGAAGAUUAAAGAGCCUUGCACCAAAUGUGUGGACAUGGUCAUUUCUGAGCUAGUCAAUACGGUUAGGCAGUGUACCAAGAAGCUGGCUCAGUAUCCCAUGUUGAGAGAGGAGAUGGAGAGAAUCGUCACCCAGCACAUCAGGGACCGAGAAAGCCGCACUAAGGGACAGGUGUUGCUAUUGAUAGACAUAGAGUUGUCUUACAUGAACACCAACCAUGAGGACUUCAUUGGAUUUGCCAACGCUCAGCAGAGGAUCAGCCAAAUGAACAAGAAGAAGGCAGCUGGCAACCAGGAUGAGAUCAUGCCGGAGAGAGGAGUUAGCGAUCGGUUCAAGGUGAUCAGGAAGGGCUGGCUGACCAUCAACAACAUCGGCAUCAUGAAGGGAGGAGCCAAGGAGUACUGGUUUGUCCUCACCGCCGAGUCCCUGUCCUGGUAUAAAGAUGACGAGGAAAAGGAGAAGAAGUACAUGCUGCAGGUGGACAACCUGAAGCUGCGUGAUGUGGAGAAAGGCUUCAUGUCCAGCAAGCAUAUCUUUGCCCUCUUCAACACCGAACAGAGGAAUGUGUAUAAGGACUACCGUCAGCUGGAGCUGGCCUGUGAGAGUCAGGAAGAUAUUGAUGCUUGGAAGGCCUCCUUCCUCAGAGCCGGAGUUUACCCUGAGAGGGUCACGGACAAGGAAGGAAAGAGUGAUGGCGGUGAUGAAAAUGGCUCUGACAACUUAAUGCACAGCAUGGACCCUCAGCUGGAGCGGCAGGUGGAGACCAUUCGUAACCUGGUUGACUCCUACAUGGCCAUCGUCAACAAGACCGUCCGCGACUUGAUGCCGAAGACCAUCAUGCACCUCAUGAUUAACAAUACUAAGGAGUUCAUCAACGCAGAGCUGCUGGCCCACCUGUACUCGUGUGGCGACCAGAACUCGCUGAUGGAGGAGUCUCAGGAGCAGGCCCAGCACCGCGACGAGAUGCUGCGGAUGUACCACGCCCUGCGGGAGGCCCUCAGCAUCAUUGGUGACAUCAGCACAACCACCAUAAGCACCACCAUGCCGCCUCCCGUGGAUGACUCCUGGCUGCAGGUGCAGCGGAGCAGCUCCGGAGGAAGGUCUCCAGCCACCAGUCCAACUCCAAACCGCAGGGCUCCACCGGGACCUCCAGCCCGCCCAGGCUCUCGUGGACCUCCACCUGGGCCUCCUCCUGCUGGGGGACCCCCCGUCCCGUCUCGCCCGGGCACUUCUCCGGACCCUUACAGUGGGCCACCACCCACUGUGCCCUCCCGACCUAACCGCGCACCCCCAAGUGUGCCCAGAAUCACUAUCACUGACCAAUGAGGAACGUUUCUGUCGGAGACCCCCACCUUCUCCAACCCACUAGACCUCUGAGCUCCUCCCUCCCUCCUCCGGCUGUCCGACCGUCCAUCUGUCCCACCUCUGAAUGAGAGGCCAUGGACAACAGUGCCACCUUCCUGUCGUUUUCUGCCACACCCGACCUGAGCCGGCUCCCUUCUCCUGCUCCUUUACAACAAGCCAUGUCUCUCUCUCCCAGUCACCCCCCCCCCCCCACCCGACCCCACCACCACCACCCCACCCACACACACACAGCCCUCUGUUUCACAGAGAUGCAGAAUACUUGAAAGACACCUGCAUGACUGACAUACGAACAUGCUGCACCCUCAGAAUUUAAAUAAACUAUGUAGAGAAUAUGAAAUAAUUGAUAAGAAACAAAUUUGUGAGUGUAUGUGCACGCACACCUUACACACACAUAUAUAUAUGCAAGCAAAUACAUACAGAAUAUUUGCUUCUGCUAUUAAACCUAAGGUGGGAGAUAUUUGCAAAUUUAGCAUGACUUUUUGCCUGAGUAUUACAUCAUACUCCAGCCUUUCUAAGGGGUAUAUGGCUACUGACUGACUUAUUUUUUCUCUUAUUAACAUUUGCUUCAUCUUGUGUUUCUUUUCUGAUUUCUUUUCUUUUUUUUAUAAAGGAAUGCUUCACCAAAAAAAGUAAUUUUUUGUGUCACUAAUUCACCUUGUAUUGCCUGUCAUGCUCGAAGAAAAAAGGUUUUAAUUAAAUGUCUUCAGAGCAGAGUAAAAAAAAUAAAAAAAAAGGUAGCUACUUUUGGAUAAAAUGACUCUGAACAGUAAAACAAUAUCAGAACGUACAUAACAAAAUCUCCUGUUCACUUAUUUCGGUGAUAAUACAUGAUUCACAUUAUAUUGAGCAGCUUUUCUUUCUUUUUGUAAAAAUGUCAUGGAAAUUCUGCUCUCUGUGAAGUCAUGUGGGAAAAUGUUUCUUUUCCUCACAGCAUUUCAGGCUAUGAGGUGAUAUAUACAGAAUGUGAGGUAUUUCCCUGGGGUCUCCUCAUUUUUAUGAUUUCUCUUUUCAUCUUUCACUUGUAAGGCCUUCUUUUAUUUUCUCUCUAGUUCUACUCUUUUCAGCCGGCCAAACAAGGGCGGGCCCUCUCGCCCUGAGAGCCCCCUGCCGCUAUUCGACUCUUAGAAGGACCCCAUCCUCCCUUUUACCUCCUCUUCUUUAAAAAAAAGUCAUCCUGGUUUCCCCAACACCUCCCAUCAGCUAUAAAACAGAUUGCACCAUUGCUCCAUCCAUCACUCACUCACUCAGCUUACAUGAGGGAGGAGGGCUUUAAUGAAAUAAGGGGGGAAAGGUUCACUUACAGACUCCUGGACAUACAUGGACUUCUGCUCUUCAACCUUUCUUUCCCUCCUCCUCCUCCUCUUUCUCCCCUUGCACUAGGACUGGAGGAGCGAUCAUCUGAGGGACCUUCUGGACUUUUAUGCCUGUGGUAGACUCCAAAUAGUUUGCAUAACUGUAAUCUCACACAACUGUAUCACAACCACCUCUCAAAAACGCUUUGUCUGUGCUCCCACAGAACCUAUGCAACAAAGAAAAUGAUCUCCCAAUAUUUUGUUUUGGCUUAAAGAGGCGCCUCCCAUGGCACUUUUCAUCUUCUCCUCUUUACAAAAAAUUGAUACUGCGUUCUUAUCUUACUGAGGCGGGAUAGAAAUAGAAAGUGCAAUAUAUAGAAAGUCCUUCUGCAGGCAGCUGCAUGACACAAGUCACACAAGAAUCAGAGUACAUUUUUAAGAGAGGAAGUAGGAAUCUGUGGCCUGGGUUGCACCAUGAGACUGUUAGAUAGCUCCUUAUACAUAGGGAUUGAGGUCCCUAAUGGGAAAGGUUUUAAAUAUUUGGAGUGUGUUUCUAAGUCAGUUUCGAUCACAUUAUGCAUCAAAUCUUUUGACAUAUUGACAGGAAAACUUUCAGCAUUUUAUCCAGGUUAAAAUCUGUCAUUCAUUUUCUGUUUUGUCCUGUUUUUUUUCUUUUCUUCCUUCUUUCAGUGGUCACGGGGGUGAAUGAGAACAUGAAAACAACCAGUCUAUGCAUAAAACUAUCAAACGCUCCUCCUGUUUCACCCUCACAUCGCUGUCUGAGAGUCUGUGAGUUGAACCCAUCUUUUCACAACCUGUUUUGCCACUGAACUCUGCUGUCAGUGUGACGUGUUGUAUUUUGACCCCAAUCAAAAACAACCAACCCACCAGCCACAAAAACCCAUCUCUGUACCUCAAGUGAUGUCAUUCUAGCUAUUUAAAAACCACCUGAAACACUUCGGUGACCCCUUGUGCAUCUUAGUACUCCACGACUGCAACGCAAACACAACAAAGCAUAUUCUACCCAUUAUUUAACAGUAAAUAGUUUAUGGACAUAUCUUAAUGUUAACGUUAUUAUGUAUAUGUGUGGUCCAUCUUAUGGGACUUGUACUUCCACUGUCUAGAGAUUUUAGUCUGCAAUGAUGAAUUUGCUGUAUAUUUAAAUUAUUAUGAAUAAAUGAGUAUAUGUAUAAUGAAAUAAUGCUUGAAAAACUUAUAAAAAAUGUGUAAUGCAGUGACAGGUUGUUUGAUACUUUAGCUUGUAGCAGAGAGGUUCUCAUCUCUCUCUGUGUAGAAAAGCAGGGAGGGACAGUGUGAAUGUGUGAACUCCUGCAGCAACAAGGUCCAUCUUGUUCAAGCUGCUAUGGAUGGAACAAUGACUUUACCCUGCAGUACUGCUGUGCUUUGUCAACACAUUAAAAACCUCAGUGUACUGAA